CUCCACUGGCAACUGUUGCUGCAUUCCCAAACCAUCUGACGUCAAGUGGGAAGGGCCCGGGCCAGUCUUGGGUAUAAAAAACCUCUGUCACCGCGCUCAUUCACAACGCAACUCUGGAUUAUCAAGCGCUUCGCAGAGAAGCUCCAGUCUCGGGGUCUUCGGACGACAGAGCAGAGAGGCGAAGGUUCACAAAAUCACUCCAAGUCCACUCAAGACAAUGAAAAUGUCCGCUGAGGAGAUCUCCCAAGUCCUGAAGGAGGGCGAGCUGGAGAAGAGGAGCGACAACCUGCUCCAGUUCUGGAAGAGGAAGACGUGCGUCCUGACCACGGACAGCCUCAACAUUUACGCCGACACGCAGAAGCGCUCCAAGGGCAAGGAGCUGAAGCUGCAGUCCAUCAAGAAGGUGGACUGCGUGGAGCGCACCGGCAAGUUCGUCUACUUCACCAUCGUUACCACAGACAACAAGGAGAUCGAUUUCCGGUGCAGCGGGGAGGAUAACUGCUGGAAUGCGGUCAUCACCAUGGCCCUGAUAGACUUCCAGAACAAAAAGGCCAUCCAGGACUUUAAAACGCGACAGGACAACGAGAGCGCGUCGCCCGGCCAGCAGGAGAGGCGCAUGGCGAGGGCGCCCUGAGCGGCGGAUGGGACUUUGGCAGUUACCUACUCCUAAUAUGUGUCAAUAUAUGGACCAUAUAGAAAGACUUGGACCAAAGGGAGACGCAGUCAUCCGGUCCAGUGAUGAAGGAUUGUUCGGGACAGAGCUCUCUGAAACGUCUGGAAACAGACAACUGAUCCCGCAAGGCUUCCAAAAAAA